UUACAUACACCCAUGGCGUUCGUUGGUGGUCAAGACGGUCUCUGGUUUGUUUGGGAUCCUUGCGGAGUUAUUUGCGCAUUUAUUACUUACGGCCUGAUUGUUUUUGCCGACUUUGUCUUACUCGUCACCGUCGUCCUACCUGAACCCAACGCUCUGAUCGUCCUUAUCUAUCUUAUAUUCAAUGGAUUAUCGCUUCUGGCUGCAGCCUCUCAUCUAAAAGCUAUGGUCACUGAACCGGGAGUUAUUCCUAGAGAGACUAUUUCAGAGGAUGUGGUUAAAGUUCGACAAGCACAGGGUGAUGCUGUACGUCAUUGUAGAAAAUGUCGGAGCAUUAAACCUCAGAGAGCUCACCACUGCAGUAUCUGUCGACGUUGUGUGAGAAAGAUGGAUCACCACUGUCCUUGGGUCAACAACUGUGUUGGCGAAAACAACCAGAAAUACUUUGUCUUAUUUACUAUGUACAUUUGUGCGAUAUCCCUCAUUGCUCUUGUUCUUACUGUGAGAACGAUAAUCAACUGUCUUGCUCAGAGAUUUGAAGGCUGUGGUGUCAUGUCUCAUACAACAACGUUUGUCUUUCUUAUAAUUGUGACCUUUGAAGCCGUCAUCUUUUUCUUGUUCACUUUUAUUAUGUGUCUCACUCAAGUGUGCUCAAUUGUAUCGGACGAAACGUAUAUCGAACAGUUGAAGAAAGAUGAUCGUGACAAGAACCAGAACUUCAUCGAGAACUUUGAGUCUGUGUUCGGUGGCCGGAUGUCACUGCAGUGGUUGUCUCCAUUCAGUCCGUCUGUCAGCUCGCUUCGGAAACGAGAGCCAAGACUAAUGCAUGAUGUAUAGCACAGAGCACGAACGGAUGUUGCAUACGAUUGUCGCUAUGAAUUAAACUAGGAUUUCUUAGCAAUGAGUUUAAUAGAUUAGAAUGUCUUCUAUACUGUGUAUUAUUGUAAUAAUAAUCAUGCUACAGUUUGCUUCUGA